UAACAAAAAACUUCACCAAAGAACCUCCGGGUCCCCUAACUGAAGGUUUUGUUUCAAUGACUCAGAACUACCAGCAUGUCCUGGCCAUGGUAUUUGCCAUAAAAGAGAUCAAUGAAAAUCCUGGACUCUUGCCCAACCUGACCUUGGGUUUCCGCAUCUAUGACAGCUAUUUGAAUGCAAGAUGGACCUAUCAUGCCACUCUGCAGCUUCUUUCCCCCUGGAACAGGUUGGUGCCCAACUACAAAUGCAACAUCAAGGACAACUUAUUUGCAGUAAUUGAGGGACUUGUCUCUGCAACAUCCUACCUGAUCCCAAGUGUUUUGGCCAUAUACAAGAUUCCUCAGUUCUCUUGUGGCUGUGCUCCACUGAUGACAGAAAUCACCCAGGUCUUGUCAUUGUACCAAAUGGUCCCAAAUGAAGCCCUCCAGUUCAGGGGGGUCCUGAAGUUACUUCUCCAUUUCAACUGGAAAUGGGUAGGAUUCUUUGGUGGAGUUGGUCUGAAUUUGGAAUGGUUCACACAGAAGAUGUUUCCUGAAUUUUCCAAGAAUGGUAUUUGUUUUGAUUUCAUAGAAACAAUCUUCUAUGAGGGUAUGGCAUCCCAAUUUAAAGAAUUUGAGAAAUGGGCAGAAGAGAUACAUGCAAAAUUAAUGAACAGCAAAGCCAAUGUUGUGAUUUUAUAUGGAGAUGCUCAGUCCAUGGUUAUUUUCAGAUAUUUGCUACAUAUGCCAAUAUUUAAACACAUGCUGGAAAGCCCAAAAGGAGAAGUUUGGGUUCUUACUGCCCAGAUGGAAAUUAAAUCCCGACCUACCCAUAAUCACUGGGAUGUACAAUUCUUCCAUGGUGCAUUAUCGCUUGCCGUUCACUCAAAUAAAAUCCAAGGUUUCCAAGAAUUUCUUCAGAGAAGAAAUCCUUCAGAAAAUAAUGCAGAUGGUUUUAUCAAGGACUUCUGGGCAUUGGCCUUUGGAUGUCUGCUCCCCAAUUCUUUCCUGAGACAUUCUCAGCAAUUCAAAUACACAGGAAACUGCACAGGAGAGGAGAAGCUGGAAAAUCUUAUUCUGCCAUAUUUGGAAAUGACGAUGACUGGCUACAGCUACAGCAUCUACAAUGCUGUCUAUGUUGUGGCCCAUGCUUUACAUGCAAAGUAUUUGUCCCUACAUAAAAGAGCAAUGGUUGAAGGAAAGAGAAAGGCACUUCAGAAUCUUCAACCUUGGCAGCUCCACCACUUGCUGAAAUGGGUGUCAUUUAACAACAGUGCUGGUGACAAGAUUUCCUUUGAUGAGAAUGGGGAAUUAGUAGCAGAAUUUGAUAUAAUCAACUGUGUCACAUUCCCAAACCAGUCUGUCUUUCGAAGUAAAGUUGGCCAGGUGGAUCCCCAAGCUCCUCUGGACCAAGGAGUCAGCAUGAACAAGGAUGCCAUUGUGUGGCCCAGAUGGUUCAACCAGGUUCAGCCCCGUUCGCUGUGCAGUGACAACUGCCAACCUGGUUUCAGCAAGGAAAGGCUGGAGGGGCAGCCCUUCUGCUGCUAUGAUUGCAUCCCAUGCCCGGAAGGGAAGAUAUCGGACAAGAAUGACAUGGCUGACUGUGUCACAUGCCCAGAUGAACAGUAUCCAAAUACUUAUCAUAAUUCCUGCAUUCCCAAGAUGGUCAGUUUCUUGUCUUAUGGAGAACCAUUGGGAAUUGGAUUGACCAUUAGCGCUCUUUCUUUUUCACUCAUCACAGUGCUCAUCCUAGGACUGUUCACAAAGCACCAUGACACUCCCAUUGUCAAAGCCAACAAUAGAAAUCUAACGUACACUCUCCUCAUCUCCCUCCUACUCUGUUUCCUUUGUGCUUUGUUAUUUAUUGGACAACCUGAGAUGGUGACAUGUCUCCUGCGACAAACUGCUUUUGGCAUUAUUUUCUCAAUGGCUGUUUCCUCUGUGUUGGCUAAAACUAUCACUGUGGUCAUGGCUUUCUUGGCUACUAAACCCGGAUCCAGCAUGAGAAAGUGGGUGGGCAAAAGCUUGGCCCACUCCAUUGUCCUUUCUUGUACCCUUAUUCAAGCAGGCAUCUGUGUUGCAUGGCUGGUAGUCUCUCCCCCAUUUCCAGGGGUUGAUAUGCAGUCAGUUGUUGAAGAAAUUAUAUUGGAAUGUAAUGAUGGCUCCGCUACCAUGUUUUAUUUUGUCCUGGGUUACAUGGGCUUCUUGGCCAUUGCCAGCUUAACUGUGGCUUUCCCAGCUAGAAAGUUGCCUGACAGUUUCAAUGAAGCCAAGUUCAUCACUUUCAGCAUGUUAGUCUUUUGCAGUGUUUGGCUGUGCUUCGUUCCAACCUACUGGAGCACCAAAGGGAAAUACAUGGUGGCUGUCGAGAUCUUCUCCAUUUUAGCUUCCAGCGCUGGGCUCUUGGGCUGCAUCUUUGUUCCAAAGUGCUAUGUCAUUACUCUUAAGCCUGAGUUGAACAACAAGGAACAACUUAUAAGGAGGAAACAUUAA